AACAAAAACAGCAACAUAUGUGGGAGAGAGAGAGAAAGAGAGUGAGUGAGUGUACGGUAGGCAUUCGAUAAAAUAUUCAUCCUUUGUGAGAGAUAAAUUUACCUUGCUGGGGCUAAACACAGUUGAGUUAACUGAGCUAUUGGCUCUUGGCCAAAACCAGACAAGGCAAACAACAAGGAACAGACAACCAACAGGUGGACUAGGUACACACACACACACAUACAAAGAGAGAAAGAAAAAGAGAGAGAGAAAAAAACAGAUGCGUGACCAAGAAUCAUGUUUGAAGAUAACGAAGAUGGUGAUAAUGAUCCAUUGGCCAAUCUAUUAAGCCUGACAUUGCGCAAGCCAACACACUGGAAUUGGGAGCUAAGCACCUCCAGGAGUUGCAGUAAUAUUGCCUUGCCACGAAUUCUGCUUUACGAUCAUACGGGCAAUCUGCUUGUCGAUGCCGAUCAGCAUACUGAAAAGACUUAUCGUCCGCAAGAGAGACGCAAAAGGUCAGCCACCUCGAGUCUGGUCCAAAAGCCAAAAACCAAUGCUGCCGGCAGUAGUGAUAGUGGGCGACUUUCGCAGGAUUUCCAUGGACUACGCAUUGCAGAGGCAACACCAAGCAUUAGUCCCAGCCGUAGUCGUAGUCGCAGUUCACGGGAUCGCACCUCCAAUACAGGCAGUUGCAUUGACUUCAACACCAAUGAGCUACCAGACUGGGAGCCCAGCUGUAGCUCUCACAGAUCCAGCUCGUUGAAAGGUGUACGCUUCAAGGAGACGUCAGCCUCCCCAUCAGCACAGCCAGUGCCCAGUUAUCCAACUCCACCCUCGACAUCGACAUUGACCACAACGGAUCGCACAUCAUCGUCGUCGGCGGGACCGCGGGAGAAGCGUCGCUAUCGACGGUCACAGAGCUCAAUACUCGAACGUUUUAGCAUGGCACGGGGUCGCCACUCAUCGCCGGAAUAUGUCCAAGAGCACACGUUGGAGCAUUCUCCACGUUACUUUCUACGUUCGAGCAAAGCUGGCACUUUGAUGAUCAAAGAGGAUAGUUUUCAGCGCCAGCGACGUCGUCGACCGCCACGACAUUCGUCCAGUGAGAAUGUCUUGCUGGACAGAGAGAAGGAUCGGAGUGCAGUCGUGCAGGCCACGACCACCACAACAAAAACAGCACGACAACGUUUAAAGGCUCAGUUAUCCACUUCAGAGGAGGAACACCUGGGAGAGGCGGAACCGGAACAAGCUAGGAAGACAAAUCCGAGACAAUCGCGCGGACGAAGAACUCAACGCAGUUGCAAUCAAGAUGUGGCUCAGGAGCUCAUCACAGUCGAUCCGGACAAUUGCGUGUAUCGUGCGGCGCCGGGUGCCACAGCGCGCUAAAAUAUCAAAAUUUUGAUGUCAUCAUUGCCAUCAAAUCAAAAAAAAAAAUAAAUAAAUAAAGUGAAGCAGACAGAUUUAGUUCCUCCUUGUGAUGUAAACUAGAUGCCGCACUCUCGUCUUUCUGACUUUCUAUCUCGCUCACUCAAUGGCAUCUAGUCUAUAUAUUCUGUAAACUAGAAAAUAAAUAAAUCAAACGGAAAACAAAAUAAA